AUGACGAUUACGGCUGUAACGACGAAGGAUGAUUCGACAAAGAAUGCGAGCUUAAAGGAUUCAGAGAACCGAGUUCCAGAGGAUGUGGAAGAGGAGGAAGAUGAGGACAGUGUUGCGAAGAGUGAUGACAAAAAUGUCGAGGCGAACGACGAGCAGGAUGAUUCAGUAGGAGAGACAGAGGAUGAAGAAGCUAAAGACGAGGGUGACAAUGAUGAUGAAGAAGAUACUGGAGAAGAAGAUGAUGAGGAAGUAGGGCUAUCGUAUUUGUACACGAACUUUGAGGAUGAUGACAAUGAUGAGGACUUUAACGAGGACGCCGCCGGUCAAGAUGAUGAUGAGGAAGAGGAGGAAGAUGAAGAUAGUCUUGAUAUUGUGGGGAAUAAAGGCGAUGGCGAGCAGGUUAACGUAGAUGAUAAGGAGAAUGGUGAUGCCGAUGACGACGUUGACGAAGAUGACGCAGAUGAAGAAGUGGAAGAUGAGGGGGCCCCGCCAGCCAAGAAGCAAAAAACUACAUCACCUAUAGUCAAGUAG